ACGUCAUUUGAUCUUUUUCGGAAAUGUAAAUAGACUGGAAUUUUAAAAUAGAUUUAUAUUUUAUUUAUACUAAUUUAAUAUUAUUUUUGUGCCUGCCGAUAAAAUUAAUAAUAUUAAAUAAGUCAUAAGUAUCUUAUAUCAUCGUUAUGAAAAUGUUGAUCAACCUCAGAAACAUUAUUCAACCCCGCUUUACUAGACAUAUUGUUUGUGUUCCUGCAUAUAAACCACCAAAAGAAGAAGACUAUGAGAAGCUCCUCAAAUUUUUGCAUAAUCAUGAUCACAUUUUGGUCCUAACUGGUGCUGGAAUUUCAACCGAGUCUGGCAUUCCUGACUACAGAUCGGAAACAGUUGGAUUGUAUGCAAGAUCUAAUCACAAGCCUGUACAGUAUCAGGAAUUUGUCAAGUAUCCAAAGGUACGGCAAAGGUACUGGGCUCGAAAUUUUAUUGGAUGGCCUAGAUUCAGCUCAAUACAACCAAGUACAACACAUUUGGUUAUAAAGGAUCUUGAAAAGAGGGGUAAAGUGAAAGCUGUAGUAACACAAAAUGUUGACAGACUGCAUCACAAAGCGGGAUCACUUAACGUUACUGAGCUGCAUGGAUGUGGUUACAUAGUAAAAUGUCUCGAGUGUUCACAUGAAGUCGACAGAUUUAAGUUGCAAGUUGAAUUACUGAAACAAAAUCCUGAGAUGGAAACGAGUUUUAAUAUGAUAAGACCGGAUGGUGAUGUUGAACUAUCAAAGGAGCAAGUUGAAAGAUUUAGAGCUCCCAUUUGCCCAAACUGUGAAGGGCCAUUGAAACCGGAUAUAGUAUUUUUUGGUGACAAUGUACCAAAGCAAAGAGUAGAAAAAGUAAGAGAAGAAGUAAAGAAAAGUGACGCUGUUUUUGUUAUGGGCUCAAGCUUAACUGUAUAUUCAAGUUACAGAAUUAUUUUACAAGCAAAAGAAGAGAAUAAAGAUGUUGCUGUAUUGAAUAUAGGUCCGACUAGAGCAGAUGAUAUAGCAGAUAUCAAAGUGUCAACAAAAUGUGGUGAAAUACUACCUGAUCUUUAUAAUACUUUGGUUUCGUCUUAAUAACAAUAACAACACCAAUCCAUUUGGCUUUUAAUGUAUAUUAACAUAAUGAAUCUUCACACCUUCAUAAAAGAAGUUAACCUCAUUAAGAUGAUUUUCUUUAUUUUAUCCAUAGACUAAUAAAAAAAUCAAAACGGAGACUUCACUCAAGUAAUAGGAAGCCAAAUCGUUCAUAGAAAGCCAAGCACUACACAGGCCGACGAUAACAGGUUAAAAGAAAACUGUAGAAAAUGCUUUAUAUUCUAUAUCAAUAAUUUAUGAAAGUUAUAAUGACAAUUAUAUAUUUAACUAGCUCAUAAUUUAUAGGCGCUUCACAUAUUUCCUUUUGUCUCAGUUGGAUUGUUUGACAACUACAGAUAAUGUUCAAUCUUGUUCUUUUUUAUUCAUAAAGUUAGGCAAAACAUUGGAACUAUAUUUAAUAUGUAAGAGUGGCAAUGCUUUUUAAAGCCAUUGUCCUUUGAUCCAUAUUGUAUGCUUUAGGUUGACCGUGUAGGUACCUACAUGUUGUAAAACUUAGUCCACUAUAUGUUAGUAAAAUAAGAUGUUAUUAUAUUAUGAAUUAUUAUAAAUCAUGUAGGUAUAAAACUAAUGAUUUAUUAUGACAUAAGUGUAAAAAGUA